CGGAGAGGCGGCGGCGGGAGGGGAGAAGGCCGGGCGUCCGCCGCCAGCGGCUCCCGAGCUUCCCCCCCCCACCCCCGCCUGCCGGGCCGCGCUCCGCGGGCGCCAUGGCCGGCGAGGUCGAGGGCCGGCGCAGCCCGGAGGCGCAGAGCGUCUGCGAGGCGCUGGGGCGCUACGAGGACGCGCUGCGGGGCGCCGUGCGGGAGAUCCACGUGGACAUGCAGGUGUUCAAGCAGGGGGUGGGCCGGCAGGUGGAGGAGGUGCUGCGCCUCGCCAGUCCCCUGGCGGACACCGUCUCUGAGCUGCAGCAGGAGAACCGGCGCCUGCGGGCGCAGCUGGAGCGCCUGGCUCGGCAGGUGGAGGCCCUCGGCCGCUCGGCGGGGUUGCCGCAGGAGUGGGUGGACGAGGCGGCGGGGAGCCCCCCAGCCGCGGGGCCCGGCUCCCCGGGGCAGGGUCCCACCGGCGGCAGGUUCUCCAACCGUACCAAGCUAGCGGUCGCUGGCCGGAGCCAAAGCGUAGACCUGGAUGACCGCCACAAACCUGAGUUUAGAAGAGUUUUUAGUUCUUCCAUCAUUGAAAAUGGGCAUCAGUCUUCAUCAGGUCAGGCAAAAGUCUACCAUGAACUGACCUCUCUUCAUGCGUCAGACUCUUCUCCUGAAGCUCAUGCCCCUGCAGUCACCUUACAGAUGCCACACCUUCCUGUUACUGCAGUAACCAGGACAUCAGAGAAGUUUUCAGGAGAGAACACCUGUUCAACAGGAACAACUAAUGCAUCUGCUGGCCUGCUGGGACAAAGCAAGAGCAAAAAUGUGAUGGCAGUGAAAACUUCCAACCAGUCAGUGAAGACCUGGAAUUCAAGUACGAUGAGAACAAUGGGUUCAUCUGCCACUGGAGAGAAUGCCACUUCUGUCACUAAGUCUGUCUCAACUGUGAGCUAUGGAAUGAGUAGUGGAACCAAAAUGAGUGAAAGUGCCACUGACAGUCACUGUGAUGUGACCCCCAGCUCUCACUCCUCUCCUCCCACUGUACAUCGCCGAGUUGAAAGGAGGCGAGAACUGGUGCGGUCUCAGACGCUCCCACGGACUACAGGAACACUGGCCAGGAAGGCACUUCUUGAGAAAUUCGAACAGGAUGGUGGGAAAGGAAAAGGAGAAUCCAGACCUAAGCUGAAGAGGUCGCAGAGUUUCGGGGUUGCCAGCGCUAGCAGCAUUAAACAAAUUCUGUUAGACUGGUGUCGCUCAAAAACCAUAGGAUACAAGCACAUUGAUCUCCAGAACUUCUCCUCAAGCUGGAAUGAUGGGAUGGCAUUCUGUGCUCUUGUGCAUUCUUUCUUUCCUGAGGCUUUUGAUUAUAAUAAGCUCGACCCAGCUAAUCGCAAGCAGAACUUUGAGCUGGCCUUCACCAUGGCUGAGAAAAUGGCUCACUGCGACCGUCUGAUAGAAGUGGAUGAUAUGAUGGUGAUGGGUCACAAGCCAGAUCCCAUGUGUGUCUUUACCUAUGUCCAGUCUCUAUACAAUCAUCUGCGAUGCUUUGAAUAAAACCUCUCCAGCCAGAAGGGUCAAGUACGGUAUGCUAAUGGGGAAAGUGACAUUUUGCAAACGGAAUGCAGUGUUAUUUCUUGCUUUUUUACUGUCCCUUUGCUUACAUUCAGCUGCGUGGCUGAAGUGUUGCUGAGCAGUGCCCCGAAGUGUUGAUCACAUCAGCAUGUCAGUAAUACAGAAAUAGGUUUGAAAAACACGAAAAAAACCCAUAGGGAAAGUCAAAUGCUGUCACUUUGGUUCUAGUAGUAGGUUGGAUUUUUAAUAUUCUUGUGUUUGAAGAUCACAGGAAGCUUAUUUGCUGCUUCUGCCUCUGUUAGGCUGGGGACACAGUUUUAUGUAGCGACAGGUAACUCUGCUAUGAAGAUGUUCCCUCUUAUAAUGCAGGUAAAAUUCCAGAAGACAGCACCUUCAAUUCCCCUUUUCUGAGCGUAGCACAAAAGAAAUAGCAGACUGACAAGGAAAAUUCUGUUAGCAAAUAAUAACCUGGAGAACUUGACCAGUAGGGCAAUAUUGCCUCUCCUCCAACCCUAACGCCUAACUUCAUACAUGCGUGCAGGCAGACACAUCGAACAGGCAUUGUUCUGUUCUCUUAAAGCAGAAAGAGAACAUGGCCUCUUACCUGCUGACUGGGGCAACAGAUAACUACUAUGUUACACAACAGUGUGUGUCUGUAAUGGUCAAAUUUAAAGUGAUUUACUUAGAGGCUUGAAGCCCGUACUGGGGGUCAAGGAUUAGUUUCUUGAUCGUGAAGAACAGCAAGAGCUGGGGCUGUUCUGUACAUGAGAUUGUGUGUUUGCAUGACUUAGUAUUACCGGAAAGGGGGUAGCUAGGAAGGUACAAAAUACUCUGAACAGUUGUAAUAGAUGCAAGACUGUAGCGCACUUUGACCUGGACUCUUAGGGAGACCAUCUCCAGUGUGGACAGGAAUUAAGUCUUUACAGCUUGCUCGGUCCUCAUGCUGACUCUGAGGUGGACAGGCGGUGUGUCAGAGAAGUAUGAAAGGUUUGGGAGUUUUGAAAUGCCUUGGACUAGUUUCCAUUUUCAGUUAAAUCAGCAUUAAAACCACAACACGGUGGGAUUAUUCCAGGUUCGCUGGGCAAAAAGGUCAUGUGUCACCCUUUCUUGUUUUCUCUUUGAUAAAUCAACAGAGCUUUGUUUUCACAGUGAAUGUUAAAACCAAAACCACUAAAAAAAGCCUGCUUUUUAAAAAAAAGCCUUUUAAAAUUAUUUCUUUCCUAAGAAUGGGCUUUUAGAAAGUAAAAACUGAAAGCUGCGAGCUGUCUGCUCAUGCUAGAGAAUUUUAACCUGCAUUUGUGCUUUUUGUAGAUAUUUAUAAAGAUUACUUUGGUUCUGUAUUGAUGAACAUUUAUAAUAAAAUAUGUCAAAUGCUUUUCAGAUUUACUGCUGCUCUUUAGAAUCAAGUGACAGAUAACAGAGUAAAAUCGGUGAAAAGAACCCAGAGCUUUUGCUUAGAAGAUUUUUUUUGUGCUAGUUAUGAUAUUGUGUGCUCUGAAUUUCAGUUUAAAAAAGUACAGAAGUUUGGUAGCAUUUGGAAUAAGAUUUUAGUUCAGCCUCCUUUUCUAGUGAAGUUCACUUAAGAAACCAUGAAUGAAGCAACCACUUUGUUAGCAGUCUCAGAAAAAACCAAAACAAACCACCAAACAGGCUAAGUUGAAAAUGGUAAAGUACAAGUUAACUGCUGAAGGUCUGGAUCAUCGAGUUCAAUUUGAAGUGUAGACAGGCUGUUGCUACGCUACCAUGGAAACAUUAUGAAAGACUUCUAAAUACACAUCUUAAUGUAAGUAUCUGAAAGAUACUUGGUCAAACUAGCAGGAUCCUUGGUAUUGCUCAUCUCACAGCUUUAAAGCAAGUAGAUGGAAGUUGGGUGUGUGUUUGUCAUAUGACUGCUGUCGUCUUCAGUUUUUUACUUUGCCUUGAAUUACCAUAAUUCUGAGGGGUAAGUGUGCACCUGUUGCUUCACCAGAUACACUGUAAGGGUAGACACACUGUGCUUGUGUUUUGGAGAAGUGAUUACAGUAAGCACCAUAAAGACAUCUGUCCACCGCUUAGGCAUAUUUAUAUUCUUGCAGCAGAAUACUUUUCAUUAACUAACAGAGCCAGGUGCUAUCAUAGCUACAAGAGGGGCAAUGCUGGCUUUAUACAUCACAGUCCUUUACAGUCCCAGUUCAUGGAUGAUUUUCCUGUGUGAUGUGAGUGCUAAAGACAUAGGUAAGUGUUUGGCCAAUUUAGGCCUAGUAGCCAAUAAUUAAAUAAAGGAAGUUUUAUACAGUAAAAUUAUUGCCAAUUCACCAGAGGAAGUUUACAUCCUUCCUGUAAUUUAGCUUGUUUUCACAGCUACCCAGAAGCUAUUUGUACAGGUUUUCUAAAGUCUUCUCACUUCAGAGGUGGUGGUGAAGAUACUGAAAGGGUUAAGGCCCUGAAACCAAGGAAGAUGUUGUGAGUACCUUAGGUACUUGGUUCAACAAAGAGGCUCUGGAUGGUUGUAAAAAACGGGGGGACCAGGAUAAUCUCAUGGUAGACAACUCAGUCUUGAGAACCCGUACACAGGACCACAGAGAUAAGAAAGUUUUAAGGGAAUGGCAACAAUAGCCUUGAAGGAUAUGGUCUACUGAUCCCAGAACUGAGUUUGCACAGAAGUAAAGGUCAAUCGCAUGCACAGUGAAGAAGACUACAAGCCUUCCGGCCACUCAGAGACCACCGGGGAAGAUGACUGCACAGGUGGACCAGACAUUUGCAUAUAUUGAGUUCCAGGAACCCUCAUGAGUUCUCUGAAAUCUUAUGAAUAUAUAUAACUUUGUGGUAUAUGAUCUCUAAAGGUUUGCCAGAUUGUUGGAGCACUUCCGGUGCAGCUAUGCCCAGUGCAACCCCAGCGCUGCACUAAAGAAUAGCUUACUUAAUUAGCAGUCUGCUGUUACUGAGUUUUAUUACAUCGGCCUCCUUACCCAGCUGCAACUAGCUUCCCGCUGUGUGAGGUUAGAAAGCAAGGAGGUUUGGAUGCUGCUGAUCUUUAUAUCAAUACCUGGUACUUGCCAGCAAACUUAAUAGCAGGCGAGUGGAAGACUGUAAGGUGAUUGUAACUGCGGUGGUUUGCUUCUAAGAAGAAGGAGGAGAUGGAGAUGUUGCUAUGACAUAAUUUUAGAAAAGCCUACAGCUUUGUGCAUUAAGAGUCUGAUCUACGUGAAUAACUUCAACUACUAGAUUGUAUGAUUAAACUGAAAUUAAAGUAUGUAAUAUGUGCCCCCUG